AUGUCUAAUCCGAACCUAGAUUCCCAUGACUCGACCCGAAUACAAGAUCCGAAUACCAAUAGCAACGCCGACGCUCAGGUUCCGCUUCGGAACCUAUCCCUGGUUCGGACCAGAAUCGAUUCUCUACGAACAUUUCUCUCCCAAUCCAUCAACGCCAACACUCCCUUCACCAACGAUCAAAUAACCGUCGUCUCAAACCAGAUCGCCUCCGCUAUCAACAACACCAUAGUCAACGCCGCCGCCCUAGUCUCUUACUCUCAAAAUCUCACCGUUCCCGCACCCUCCCAGAUGCUCGAUUCGAAAAUCGAACCACCUGACAGCAACUAUCUCACCCUCGAUGACUCCGACUCCGAAAUCUUGGAGCUCGACGCCGUGGAAUUGCUCGCGGAACAUCACCAUUUCUGCGAGAUUUGCGGGAAAGGCUUCAAGCGCGACGCGAAUCUCCGGAUGCACAUGAGAGCGCACGGGAACAAAUUCAAGACACCUGAAGCGUUGGCGAAGCCUUUGGACGCCGCCGCACGCCGCGGUUCGAGGCUGUUCUCAUGUCCGUUCGAAGGGUGUAACAGAAACAAGAAGCAUAGAAAAUUCAAGGCGUUGAAAUCUGUGAUUUGUCUUAAGAAUCAUUUCAAGAGGAGUCAUUGUCCGAAGAUGUAUUCGUGUGAUCGGUGUCAUAAGAACAAGUAUUCGGUGCUUUCGGAUUUGAAGAGCCAUAUGAGACAGUGUGGGGAGUGUAGGUGGAAGUGUUCAUGUGGGACCACGUUUUCUAGGAAGGAUAAGUUGUUUGGACAUAUUGGUCAGUUUGAGGGUCACAUGCCUGCUGUUGUAUUGGAAGACGAGGAAGAGAAAGGGAAACAAGUUGUGGUGGAGGAGAGUGAAGAUCCUAUGGAUAUGGAUGAAGAGUUCUUUGAUGAUUUUGGGUUUAUUGAUGAGUAUUGUUUAAGAGAAGUUUUGGGGUUUUCUAAUAGCUAG